AUGGCUUCCUCCCCCGAACUCUCGUCAUCCAACGGGGGAAGAACCCAAACUACCAAAACUACUACCAGCCAGCGCAACAACCCGCACUACCCCACGCGCACCGAACUCGUCGCUCUCGCGCUGUACCCGACCCUCCUCCUCUUCGGCACCCUCUUCUCCCUACUCAACCCGUCCGCCCGCGCCAGUCCUUACGAUUUCGUCUCGCAAUCGCACGUCCAAAGCGGCGCUGCCGUCCCCUCGUAUUUUGCGCGCAAAGAUAACUUGUUCAACGUCUUUUUCGUCAAGAGGGCGUGGUUCUGGAUUACUGUUUCUUUCUUUGGGUUUUUGUUUAGUCAUCCUGGCUACAACAACAACGUCACUGGAACUCGGGGGGAGAAUGGAACCGGAAGAAAAAUAAAAGCCGUGGUGAGAUGGGGCCUAGUAACGCUCUGGUGGGUUUUUGUGACACAAUGGUUCUUUGGACCGGCGAUUGUGGAUCGCGGGUUUCGUGUCACGGGGGGUAAGUGUCAGGAGGCGCAAGGGCGGGUGAAUGCGCAGGUGAAGGCGGAUGCGAUGCCUGGGCCUGUUGGGAGCAACGUGGAUGUGGCGGGCUUGAAGGAGUUCGUCACAGCGGCGGCGUGUAAGGCGGCUGGAGGCAAGUGGCAGGGCGGCCACGAUAUCUCGGGUCAUGUGUUUUUGUUGGUUUUGGGGAGUGCGUUUUUGGUGCAGGAGGUUGGGUGGGUGGUUGCGAGGCAUUAUUGGAGACGGAGUGUGAGGGAUGAGAGGACGGUGGUGAUGGGUGAUGGGGCGGUCAAGUCGGCGGGAACGGAUUUGGCUGCUGAUAAGAGGUGGGAUGAUUAUAGCCCGGAGAUGGAUGAGGCUAGGGAGGUGAGGGACGUGGUGACGGGAGGAGGGCUGUGGGAUGCGUUGGGACAUGGGGGGAAGGUGGUCUUUGUAGUGGUGGGAUUGAGUGCGUGGAUGUUGUUGAUGACGGCGAUUUACUUUCAUACGUGGUUUGAGAAGCUUACUGGGCUUCUUGUCGCGCUCAUGGGAUUGUACUUUACGUACAUUGUGCCGCGCUUCGUCCCGGCGUUGCGUGGAAUUGUUGGCCUGCCUGGUGUUUAA